AUGUCCAAUACCAAAUACCCCCCUGAAGAAACUGUCCCUAGGACAGGAAGGGUCACUGAAGUUUGCCAGGAAUGGAUGGUACGUGAAGAUUCAGCUUUGGCUUACCGGCUACAAAAUCAAGAAUUCACCGACCAUUUGUCAGGGAAUCGGUCCAGGAAUGCGCUGGUACGCGAAGAUUUUCCCAGGGCCAAAAACGAGCAGCUCAAAGAGCAGGAAAUGGCUGAACAGGCUGCAGCAAUCUACCAGAGGAUGUUGCAAGAGCAAGAGGAGCACGACCAAAAGGUGGCUCAGGAUUUGGCUGAGAAGCUAGAGAGAGAAGAAAAGAUGAAGAAGCGAGUGGUUGAAAUGAGAGAUCAGGAUAUUGCCAGGCAAAUGCUGGAAAGAGAGAGGAUUAAGGUUGAAAAACACCAACAAAUGCUGCCACCGCCGCCACUGCCACAGCAAUUAUCGCCAAGCAAACCAGUCCUGCCACUGCCACCACGAAUGCCUAAAGAACAAUCACCCCACAGACCAAACCCUUUCAACUACCAAGCCAACCUACCACCCCAAUUACCAAAAAGACAAGCACAACCAAUGCCUUUACCCAACGAAAACUCCAUCACCAGAUUACCAGCUUCAGAUUCCGCCAACAUCGAAUUAUAUACUGAGCCUUACAAGCCCUCAAACGAACUAGGAAUCCCUUUGGACGAUCUCAAGCUGAGACAAAUCCAGGAAGAAAGAGACGCAGAGUUGGCGCGCAAGUUGCAAGAAGAAGAAGGCAACAUCGAAGACACGAUUCUAAACAGAGACAGAAUGUUGGCCAUCGAAGCCCAAGACAAGGAGCUAGCCAAAUUGCUACAAGAACGAGAAAGAGCCAAAGCUAAAAGGGCCAAAGAGCGGGCCAAACAAAAAGCUCUAGCCAAAAAACAAGGACAAAUAAUGCCCGAUGAUUCUUAUGCUUUGCCAGCAGAUUUAAUCACUCAACCAAUUUCCAGUGUUCCAAAAAACAUAUCAGCCGUGCCAGAUAUAUACAAUAUACCUAAUCCGGACGAAGAAGACAUCAGUUAUAGUCUUCCAGCUGAUAUGCUUGUUGUAGAUCAGGCAACUGGUUUUAGCCCUAAGAAGACUCCCGAAAAAAUUAGUAGGCCUACUCAUUUGGAACUCAAGUCGCCUUUGACCAGGUUUAAUAAACCUAGAAUGCCAGAUCCAGAGAAUAGCGAUGCAGUUAAUACUACUAGCAGUGGAGGGAGCUUAUCAGGGGGGACAUCUCCGAUGCUCUCCAACAUAGCGAUGGCCAUAGACCCCACUUAUCCAAGACGCGGUGGGGGUUAUAGGCCUCCAUCUAGCUACGACACAACUUCCAGUACUGUCACUACAAGUACAUCCAGCAGCAGUCCCGGUUUAGUGCUUCCACCACCAGAACUGGACGAAAACGAUGACGAUAGUCCUGCGCCCCCUUAUAUGCCCAUACAAGGGCAAAGGAGGACUGCGUCGUUGGAGAAAAAGAAGAAGAAGUCUAAGGAGGGAGGUUGCAAGCAACAGUGA